GAGCAAGUACAAAGUAUAAACAAAAUAAAUGGCAACUUUCUCCUCUUCCUCCUUAUCAGUCGGUCAAGUCGGCGGGUCGCUGUCUUUGUCCCUUACAGAUUCGCAGUUGCUAUUUGGUGACUGUGUUUGGCCCAGAGGGUUACACGAAAGAGGGAGGGAGGGAGGGAGGAGGGUCUAUCAAAGAUCGUCGUCGGUCGCUCCUCGCCGUCGGCUUCAGUUGAGUUCAGGUGCUAGCUAUUAUUAUUAUUAUUAUUGUUGUUGUUGUUGUUGUUUUAUCAUUUCGCCGACGACGGCAGGCAGGCACAUCUGUUUCUCUGCUUCUCCACUCCCUUUUUGCAGUUGCACUUACAAUUGCCUAUGGCCAACCAUCGUUUUCCCUUCCACCCUCGUUUAUCUUGGUUCCGCAUAUUUCUUCUACACACGACCCACUCUUCUUUUCCUAUUCCUAUUCCUCUGCGUGGCCGCUUCUGCGGCUGUCCCAAUUCAUCCCAUCAUUCUGGAAACGCACUUGGAUCAUUCACCACUUCCCUCUCCUCCUCCUCCAUUCACACAUUUAUUCCCAAGUUAUGUUCUCAUCAACGGGGGCUAGAGCAGCAGCCCCCUUCUUUGCGUAAUUUUGUCUUUGAAAUCGUUGAUAUCGUUACCAAGGAUGGAGAUGACAUGGAGUCUCGCUUAAGUCUGCUCGCUUCAAACUUCUCUGUCUGCUCAAUAACCCAUGUUUUCAAGGCUUUGAAUUCUCUGACCUUAUCGGGAUCAAGGCUCUUUGAGUGGAUAUGGAAUACAGAUCGUCAGCUGCGCAGGAAUCCUCUACUUUGUAGUUUGCUUAUUGACAAUGUAGGAAGGUUACAUGAUUAUGAGACAAUGCAUCUGUGGUUACGCAAGUUCACAUCUGAAAAUAUUUAUCUUACUUUUGAGGCCUUCACAUUUUUGGCCUCCACCAAUUCCUCCAGCAGAGAAUCAUCCACUGCAAGAGUGGUGAAUCUACUCAAUCAAGUUGGGGGAUCUUCUCAAAAUUCUGGUGUCCCUGCAAUGCUGGAGAUGUUUUCUAAAGCCAACUUGUUUGAAAUGGCAAGGUAUGUCAUCAAAAUCACAAAGAGCAAAGGGUCGUAUUAUUGUCUUUUGAUUCGUGACAGGUGCAGAAGAGGUCUAAUACAAGAUGCUUAUGAUUUAAUCAGAGAGAUGAGAAAUGACAACUGUCUCGAUAACCAAAGAGCGUAUAACUACCUCCUUGGUAGUCUGUGGAAGACAGGUGGUGGGAUGGGCGAACCUUCUGCACUGCUUAAGGAAAUGGAGGAAGAUGGUAUCCUUCCAGAUGCAAUAACUUAUGAGAUUCUGAUAAAUCAUGGAUGCAAAUCAGGCAAGAUGGAUUUUGUGCUCCAGCUUCUUGAUCGGAUGAAGUCUCAGGGAAUUGAACCUCGGCUAGAAACACUUGCUCUCAUUGUCAAGGCGUAUUUUGCUGCAGAAAAAUAUGAAGCGGCCCACAAGUAUGCUGUUGAUUUAUGUACUGAAUCUAAGAACACUUCAAGAAAUUUUAUGUACAGCUUAAUGGCAAAGCUUUAUUGGAAAAAAGGUGAUAUCAUGAGUGCCCGGAAUACUCUUAUUGAAAUGAUGGAGAAGGGUCUUAAGCCAGAUUUUAAAAUUUACAUGAAAAUUGCGAGACAAGUUAGAGGAAUUGGAAUGGAAGAUUUAGCAGGGGAGUUGGAAAGUAUGUACUCCAAGUUGUAAUCUAAUGAUGUGCAUAUCAUUGCUGAGUUGAUUGCUGAAACAGCUAAGGGUGGAGAUGUAGUUGCACUGCAAAUUGGGGAUGACAAUGGCUAUCUUAAUCCUCUUGCUUGCCAUUAUUAUACUUGUCAGUGAAUCUAAACUUGCACUCAUAUGUUAUUAUACUAGUCAGCGAAUCUAAACUUGCACUCAUAUGUUUCCCAAUUUUUGCUUGUUCCAACUUAUAUUUACCCUUGUUGUUACAUAUUUAUUCCAGAUUAUUGAAUUUACCAUUUUCUGUUUCGGUAGUGUGCUUUGAAGAAAUUAAAUGUUAGAAAGAUUACCUGGUUGUGCUUCCCUGAAACCAUGGAGCUUUGAAAUUGCUAUUUGGUGGUUGCUACUUUUUCAAAUAUUCUUAAUAGGAAGUGCAAUGGAUGAAUUACAAUUUACAUGUAGGGUCAUGCAUGAUCUUUGUCCAGCAUAUGUAAAACAACCUGAUGAUUAAUUUUUGAAGUCAUAGCAAUACAAGACAUUCAAAGCUUUAGCAUUGGCCUAAAAGUUGCCAUAGAAACAAAUACUGAAUUGUAUAGUAAUAUGGAUUUCAUAGAUAUGGAGUGGUCAGGUUGCAAACUCUUCCAUUUUCAGUAACAAGGAGAGUUUCUUCAUGCUAAGAAUUAUCACUAGAUAGAAAUAGAUGUGACCCAUUAGUAAUUUAAGAGUCAUGCUAGGGUGACAUACCUCGGUCAAUCCCAAAUGGACUAAAGUCUGUUUCAUCCCACUCAUCCAUUUGAGAGUCAUCAAAAUUGAAAGAUUCUCCUGCCACUGAUGGUCCUCCCAUAUCCAUCCACAUUUCGGGUGUGUCAA